AAACUGGAACAUGUUGAUAGGUUUCUAGAAACAUGAGAGAGAAGCAGUCGGUCGAAAGUGGAAGCUAGAGAGAGAGAGACCGCGUAAAAUCUCAGCCGUGAUCCUCUUCAAUCGCAUCACACGCUCGCGUUAAACUCCAAAGGCCAAAACUACUCGCUGCGCAUGCUAGAGAGAGAAAGUAGAGAGAAAGUUAGAGCGAGAAAAUCCUCGUCCCAGAAUUCAGAUUGAGAAGGUGGAUACUCGCCAUCAUCUCUAGAGAGGGAGCGAGAUUUCUUCUGUAUUUCUGCAAUUUACAGUAGAGAGAGAAAGAGAGAAAGAGAGAGAGAGGGAGAGAUGGAUACUCUCCAUAACCCUCAGAGGCUCAUGAGACCCGUUCUGAAUCCUCAACAUCAGCAACAUCAUCAGCCGCCCCUUCCUCCCCACCCUCAAGCUCCAUGGUAUCCAGCCCCUGCUCAGUUCCAGUAUCAAGCUCAAUCCCAUCUCUCAAAUCAACCUCAGUGGGCUCAUCAUAAUCAGCAGCAGCAACAGCAGUCCAUGGCACCAGGAUUUGGUCAUAAUCAAAACCCACCUUCCUCAUAUAAUCCAUCAUCAAUGGCAUCGUCGCCUUACGCCAUGCCUCUUCAUCAACAGUAUGGGCCGCCCCCGCCUCCUCCUCCUCCUCGACCCCUGCCUCCUCAGCAUCAUCAUUCACAGGUUACUCCAAUGUAUGCUCAAGCUGAUCAGCCAUGGGGAAAUAUGAAUAGGCCACACCAUCAGUCCUGGGAAUAUCCAGGUGCCAGUGUCCAUUAUAACAAUGAGGAAGAUUGGGCUGCCAAAGCCAGGGCAUGGGCAGCUGCUAAAGCAGCCAUGGAAAACCAACAGGCACAAGCACAGUUCACACCUCUUGGCAAAGUAGAAGAUCACACCCAUGCUUAUCAUAACCAAAGCCAGAACGCAACUGAACCCCAUUUUGCUGAUAUCCAACAAUCUUCACUACCUGCCCCCAGCCACCAUCCUCCACCUGUUGCUCCCCCCAUGGAUAUCCAUAGGACUCCCAACCACUUUCAAGACUCCAUAUCCAAUAACUCCGAACCACUCCCUUUGUAUGCUUCGAACGAGUCCCUAGCUUUCAGUGCUGCCGAUAAAAAUUCGGUUCCACUUCCACCAUCUUCAUCUGCUCCAGUUGCUUCUCAAGGAAAUAUGGCUUCAAUCUCAUCAGUUUAUCGGCAGGAGGUAUCUCUUAAUUAUUCUUCUUUCCCAGUAACAGGUGUUGAGGAACGUGGAAACACAACUGGAGCAUCUCCCUUGCCGGUUUCGCCACCAGUUCAAGUACAUAAACCUCAGACCAUAUUACCUGCUGUGGUUCAAUCAGAUUUGACAGAACACCCCCAUUUUACAUAUGGGGAUCAAUCUUCUGUUCCUCUUACAGAUCCCAGUGAUCAACCUCUGGUUUUUGAUAAGAAUUUUACUCGCAACCUUGAACAACGUCAGCAAACCAGUUAUACACAUUCUGAACCAAUGGCUUCUAUGGGAGGUCCAGACCAUGUUCAUGCUUGGACUCCUGCAGUUGCUCCAGGGGCUGUCUUUCCUCCUGCUCCCACUGGACCACAGUUUGAUCCUACUUUUUUGCCACCUGCACAUCCUCUUCCUGGGCAUCCUCAACAAAUGUUUGGAAGGAUUCCUGGACCUAACUUUCGUCCUAACAUCUCACCAAUUAGCUCGCCCUUCGGCUUGAAUGCAGGAGCUGCUCUGCCUCCUGGAUCUGUUUUUCCAGGAGAUGCCAAUGGAACAUUUAGUACUUCUGAACGUCCCAAGAAGGCUUCAGUACCUAAUUGGCUCAGGGAGGAAAUAAUGAAGAAGAAAGCUGCUGUUAUGGCGAGUUCUGUUCAGGACCCCUCCUCCGAGCUCUCUGUUCAUACUAGUGGAGAUGAAGAUAAAUCUCUUGGUAAAGUUGAUCAGGCGGAUAGCAAAAGCAUUGAUUCUGCACGAUCAACCGAGGAUGAAGAUGAUGAAGAGGAAGAAGUGGAAGCAGCAAGAACAGCUGCAAUCAACCAAGAAAUCAAGCAUGUAUUGACUGAAGUACUCCUAAAGGUGACUGGUGAACUUUUUGAUGAAAUUGCAACUGAAGUUUUAGAAGAAAGUGAUCUGAUUGUGGAAGUUGAGCAUUCCAAUAUUUCACGAAAAGAUGAAGUAUUACCACCUGUGAUUCCAACACCCAAGGCAUCAGCCAGGGUUCUUGUUCCUGUUGAAGCUAAGGAUGGUGGAGAAGAAGAAGCUAGUGAAAGGUCUGGUUCUAGUGGACCUGCUGGAGAUGUUCUCGGUCUCUCAAAUUAUGCUUCAGAUGAUGAUGAAGAAGCCGAGAGCUCAGAGCAGGUAACCUUGCAUACAAAUUCUGCUAGCCAGCUGUUAAAUGGUGAAGAUCGACUAAAUUCACUAGUUUAUUUUGAGAGACCCAAUAGAGGGAUAAAGGAUUCAGGUCAUGAUGUGAGUGGUGUUGGAGAUCUUAACGAUAGGACAAAAGAGGUGCCCUCAGAUGGUGAGAAAGAAAUGAGAACUGAGAUUGAAAGGGUUCCUGAUGAAAAAGGGUUUUCUUAUGGAAACAGUGAAAGGAUAAGCACCAUUACUGGUGGCCAUGAAGUGGGUUCUCUGCAGGGAAGUGCCGAUACACCUAAGGUAAAGGAAAAAGUAGGAGGAAACGCUCAUAUGAACUUUGAAAUUGUAGGUAGGGGUUCUGAAUCUUCUAGAACAGGAAUAAAUGAUUUACUAGAUGGUGAUGGUAGAAAGAAAACAAAUAAGAGCAAUGAUGAAGAAUCAAAGAGGACUGUUUGUCUUGUUAGCAGUGAUUAUGGUGGAGACGUUGAAGCUGGGAACUCCAGGGCUACUGAGAAGCAUUCAAGUUUUAGUGAUAAUCGGAGAGGGGAUGAUAGGGAUGUGAGGAAAGGAAGGGUGGAGGAGAGGGACAUAGUGAAGGAAAAGGAGAAAGAGAGAAAAGAUAAAGUGAAGGAAAAGGAGAUAAAUAGAGGGGAUAAAGUGAGAGAAAAGGAGAGAGACAGAGGGGAUAAAAUGAGGGAAAAGGAGAGGGAUAAAGGGGAUAACAUGAGGGAAAAGGGGAGAGAGAGAGUGGAGAGAGUGAAGGAAUGUGAAAAGGACGAAAAGGAAACUGUGAAGCGUAAAAGGGACAUAUCAAAGGAGGAAAGUAUCAUGAAAAGUGAGCAUGGAAGGGACAACAGAGAUGGGGGAGUAAAACAUGGUGAUCGUGGGAGUUCUCAUAAGCACAAGAGGCACCGUUCUUCCUCGAUUAGCGGUAGAGGUAAAAAUAGCAGGGAAAGAGACAACUCAUCUCCCAGUCGUACUAGCGGAACAGAUGUUGAAGCUUCAGACAAUUCGAGGCAUAGGAGGGUCCCAUCAAAGAAACACAGCUUGUCACCUUCUCCUGUCAGGUCGAGGAAGAGACAAGUUUCGCGGUCUCCACAUGAGAAGCACUCUCAACGCAGGCAUUCUCCCUAUUCUUCUCACGGAACCAGGUAUGAUACUGAGCAUAUGAAUCAUGUUUUCAUUAACCUUGCAACAGAAGUUUAUCAGAUAUGCAUAUGGACUCAUAACUGGACUUAUUGUCUUAUUACUGAACACCCGGUAUUUCAGGUUGGCCUAUUAUCUGUUUGGGUAGCUGGAUUACUGUUGAUUGCUUUCUCUCUUUACGCCAUACAGUUGCUGCCUUCUCUUAAAGAUCAGAUUAAGCCUAGGACUACCCAAAAAGAUAAUGAAGAUGGAGGUUUCAGUGUUACUAUUUUCUCAGCUCCGAACCCUUUUGAAGGCUUGGUAGGGGCACGCCAAGUCUUUGCAAUUCAUUCAUGGCUAGCUCUCUCACAAGCUCUUCAGGUGGUUCUGUUUACACAGCACCCAUCUGCCUUAACAGUUGCAAACACUUUGGGCUCUCGUGUUACAGUUGAAACAGCAAUUGAUUUUACGUUCACAGGGACACCAUUCUUCCAUUCUAUGAUCUCAAGGUCACGGGCUUCUAACUCAGAUGUAUCUGUUGUGAUAGAUCCAGACACUGUUGUCCUCUCAGACUUCAUCUCCGUUUUGUGCUAUGCUCACAAACUCAACCAUGAUUGGCUCCUCAUUGCCACCUCAUCUAGUGUUUCCGACUUCCCCUUCUACUUUGACAAUCAAGUGCAACAAUGGCUCCGAGAGGGUGGGCAACUCACUACACUAAAAAAGUUGCAGGAGUUCCUAGCACAGAAACAGAAAUGGAGAAAGUGUGGGGACAGAAUGCUCUUUGCAUGGAACACAGGGCAGCUGCCUCUACAUGCAGGGGUGCUUCCUCCUUUCUUGUAUUCAAGAGGAUUUUGUAAUCAAUGGGUUUUGAAUGAGGCUCUCUCAUCAAACCUAAGGUUCGUGUUCGAUGCUAGUGAGGUCAUAUCGAGCUUCUUUUCAGAAAUCAUUGUGCAUCAUCACAGCAGUUACUUGAGGAAUUCAGAAGUUAUGGAUAGAGAGAAAAACUGGGAGUACGAGGGUAAUGCUGAUCUCUCUGCUUCAUAUGGAUCCUUUUACUUCCGUCCCAUUAAUUUUUCCAAAAAGCUGGUGAAACUUGUCAGGUGUGAUGGGCAAUAUCUGUUCAAAAACCCACCUGAUGAAAUUGAUUCUCGAUGGAAAGAAUCAAAUAUGGAGCCAUCUCAAAUGGAUCACUCUUUACUGGUUCAAAAUCAAAGGAGCUCUAGUUUAUGGAAAACUAUUAUGUUGCAUUCAUGGAGAAACAAGAAAAGACUGGCUUGUCUAGAGAGAGGGAAUUUGUCUAACAUGAAGUCGGACUGUCCAAACAAAGAAAAGCAAAAUAUUGCUCUUAAUGUUUCAGCUCCAUUGUUGCUUCCUUUCUCCCUUGAAUCUCUCCUCCAAACAGUGGCUAUCCAUGAGAAGUAUGUUGUUCUAGCAAUCGUUGGAGACAAUUAUAGAGACAUGCUUAUGAGCUGGGUAUGUAGGUUACGCCACCUUCAAAUCUCAAACUUCAUUGUUUGUGCCCUAGACCCUAAGGUUUACCAGUUCUCAGUGUUGCAGGGAUUGCCCGUCUUCAAGGAUGGACUUGCUCCAAAGAACAUCAGCUUUGAUGACUGUCAUUUUGGUACAAAGUGUUUUCAGAGGGUCACAAAGGUGAAAUCCCGGAUAGUUUUGCAGAUACUAAAGCUUGGUUAUGACGUGCUCCUCAGUGAUGUUGAUAUCUACUGGUUCUCCAACCCCAUUCCAUAUCUCCGCUCAUUUGGCCCUUCAGUACUUGUUGCACAAUCAGAUGAAUACAAUGAAACAGUGCCAAUAAACCUGCCAAGGCGACUAAACUCCGGCUUCUACUUUGCGCAUUCUGAUGGCACCACUAUUACUGCCAUGGAGAUGGUGGUGGAGCAUGCCUCAACCUCUGACCUCUCUGAGCAACCAAGCUUUUAUGAUAUUCUCUGUGGAGAAGGUGGCAAGAAUCGUGUGGGUCCUGAUAAGUGCAUGGAGCCCACGACCAAUCUUACUGUCCAUUUCCUCAAUCGAAAUCUCUUUCCCAAUGGGGCUUAUCGAGGCCUUUGGGAGAAGAAAAAUGUGACAAAAGCUUGUGCUAAAAUUGGAUGUGUGGUUCUCCAUAACAACUGGAUUAGUGGAAGAAAGAGAAAGCUCCAGCGCCAAGUCUCUUCAGGUUUGUGGGCCUAUGAUCCUGGGUCCCGCAUGUGCCUUCACAGCUGGUGGGGCCCCAAGUUAACUCGUUCAUUCUAGUAUACUAUGUUUAAUGGAAACAGGGAAAAGGCACUAUAAUCCAAUGGACAUGGUCCAUCAUCCUUCAUGAUAUGAUGGAUGGUGAUGGAAAGAGUGUGACUCACUGGAGAAACUAUACUGCAGCCUAAGGAAUUGUGGUGAACCAGGGUUCGUUGGGUUCAUCACUGUUGAGUGAAAUGAUAGGUGGUGAUGAUGGAGAGAAAGUGCGAUCCACGAGAGUGGGACAAGACUUCCUUUAUAGCUGGUGUUUCCCCAAGUCAAUGAGCUCUCUGUCGGGCCCACAAGAAAGGGUUACAAGAAAUGGUCCACCUUAUAUGAUCAAUGGCUUAAAUGGCCUUGGUAUGAUACAUCUUAAUCUAAAUUGGGUUUGGCAUAAUUCAUUCUUAUCUCUAAUGGGUCCAGCAUAUUUCAGUAUUAUAGGAAGAUGGGUCCAGCUGACUUUUAUGGGUACCUUUGGAUUUAGCGUUGGUGCUCUUAGGCCCACAAGAAAGGGUCACAAGAAAUGGGUCCAGCUUAUAUGAUCAAUGGCUCAAGUGGCUUUGGUAUGAUACAUGUUAAUCUAAAUUGGGUUUGGCAUAAUUCAAUCUUAUCUCAAAUGGGUCCAGCAAUACUUCAGUAUUAUAGGAAGAUGGUUCCAGCUGACUGUCAUGGGCACCUUUGGAUUUAGUGUUUGGCGCUACAAGGUCCUUGGUUUAAUGCAUUUAUUGUGAGUUUCUGCCCAUUAUAAUACAUUUUUGGGGUGCUUUGGGUUCUCCGACACUCCUCGUUUUAUUCCCAACUGUUGAAGUUAUACAAGGCUGGUGUCCUUUGGAGCCAUGGAGAGACGGAGAGAGAGAGCCUCUCAGUUCCCAUUGGCAAGAGAGAGGAGAGGCCCUGGAUUUUGUUUCACUGUCUUAUGAAACAGCAGUGCUGCCGCAUGAAGGUUCGAAGGCUGAUCCCAUUCUUUAGGAGGAGAGAUUGGGCAAAGAAGAUUGAGAAAGAUGAGGGCUACUUGAUGGAGAAGAGCUUGCGGGAGUGCGAACUGAGAAUUGUCCAUGCAGGGGGAUUUGUAGAGAAGUAUUAUGUGGCAAUAAGGGCAGCUGAA